CCCGCUCUCCCCUCCCAUCACUACAAACACACUGCACGCGCGCUAGGAAACAUGUCGGAAUAACGUCACAUUUGUUAUAUUAGCGAAGUUCGAACCAGGAAGAGAGAGAUAGAGCGAGGGAGGAACUCCAGGCGCCUGGAUUUGGACGCCAUCCUCGAAAAAGGCGCCCUUCUUUUGAAAGCAAGAGAAAACGGAUCGUGUCCCCCCCACCCACACUAAUGCAGGACUAAGGGCGAUCCAGGUCUAAUAGAAUCAUGAAAAAACCUGUGCCAGCAAGAGUUAUCGAGUGGAAAGAUGGCAGACGGAUCAAACAUUCCCGCAGCGGUCGUCCCUCACGAGUACCCUCACAGUAUCAAGAGCCUCAGCUGAAAGGCCAUUUCAGCUGGGACAAAUAUUUAAAAGAAACAGGUGCUAUAGCUGCUCCAGCACACUGUUUCAAACAGAGCACUACACCCCCAGUUAAUGAGUUCAAGGCAGGAAUGAAGCUGGAAGCACAGGACCCCAGGAAUACAACUUCAACCUGCAUUGCCACAGUGGUGGGGCUGACCGGCUCGCGUCUCCGGCUGCGCCUCGAUGGAAGCGACAACAAAAACGAUUUCUGGCGCCUGGUGGACUCGUCUGAGAUCCAGCCCAUUGGUAGCUGUGAAAAGAACGGCGGCAUGCUACAGCCACCCCUGGGGUUUCGUCUGAACGCGUCGUCCUGGCCAAUGUUCUUACUAAAAACACUCAACGGUGCAGAGAUGGCACCAGCACGCAUCUUUCACAAGCAGGAACCUCCGUCUCCAGAACAGAAUCAUUUCCAGGUGGGGAUGAAGCUGGAGGCGGUGGACAGGAAGAACCCUCAUUUUAUCUGUCCUGCCACAGUUGGAGCUCUGCGAGGAGUGGAGGUGCUGGUCACCUUCGAUGGCUGGAGGGGAGCGUUUGACUAUUACUGCCGUUACGACUCCAGAGACAUCUUUCCUGUAGGCUGGUGCACUCUCACUGGAGACAACCUUCAGCCUCCAGGCGCCAAAGUGGGUUUGCCAAGGCCACUGGGUGCUUCAGGCGCACUCCCUGACAGCAGUGUGGAAGCCACAGACAUGCCCAUGCCCCCAGCGCCCACCAGGCCUCCUGCCCAGAAGCGUCGUAAACCUGGACGCAAGAAAAGCAAGCCAUCCUGGUCUCAGAAAGACACUACCUCUACUGAGGUGGUCCAGACAGAUCAGCCAGGAAAUGGACCGGAACCUGUGAAAAUCCCGAAGAAGAGAGGGCCCAAACCUGGGAGUAAGAUGGGUUGGGUUAAGCAUGCUGCGUGGUUGGAAGGGGCAAUGGCAGGUCCUGGCAGACCCAGAGGUCGAGUGUCGGCUAACUGGACACAGAAACUGCAUCAGCAGAAUGAGAUAGAAACUAUCAAGAUCCCAAAGAAGAGAGGCCCCAAACCUGGCACCAAGAGAAAACCUCGUGUGGCUUCUGACCCAGUACCCACAUCCCCGACCAGUAGCACUCCAGAGCCUGACACUAGUUCUGUGCCACUGGAUAAUGCCACCAUCCCCAGCGCUGCCAUGCAGGCUCCAACAGUAUGCGUGUAUCUGAAUAAGCAGGGGAAGGUGGGUCCUCACUUGGAUGGACGGCGUGUACAGGCUCUACCAGACCACUUUGGACCGGGUCGGGCGUCUUCAGUGCUGCAGCAGUGUGUUCAGGCCUGUGUGGACUGCGCACAUAACCAGAGAGUCGUCUUCUCCUGUCUCAAACCAGGUCAAGGAGGAGAGCUCAUCUCAGCCCACUUUGACCAGAAGCAGCACACUCUCACUCUGCCGGCAGUGAACAGUGUGACAUACGUGCUGCGCUUCCUGGAGAAGCUCUGCCACAAUCUGCGCUGCGAGCCACUGUUUGGCAGCCAGCCAGUGCCUCUUGGAGGAGGGCACUACGAAAGCCACAACUACACAGAGAGGAGGAGUUUUUCAGAGUGUCUCAGUUCAGGACCAGGUCGAGGGACAAAGAGAUUUCUGUCAGACUCCAGCAGCGCACUGCCACAUAAAACAGCCAAAAGUCACGGCAUCUCAUCUGAAGAGUCUUUUCUGGUGGAAAACGGAGUCUCUGAACACUUGGAGAAGACAAGAAUGUCCCCCAGUAAGGCACUGAGUUUGCACCCUCACUGUCAGAGCACCAUCUCUCCUGGUCAGAUGGGUCACCUUGGCUCUGCAGGCUCAGAGCGUUUCCUGAACUCCAGAGAGAGCCCUCGACCCAGCGGGCAGGAUCCAAACCUGUGGACAGUGGAGGACGUGAUGUACUUCAUCAGAGAGCUGGACCCUCAGUUAGGCCCACAUGCAGAGCUUUUUCGCAAACAUGAGAUUGACGGGAAGGCUCUCCUUUUACUGCGAAGUGAUAUGAUGAUGAAGUACAUGGGCCUGAAACUCGGUCCCGCCCUAAAACUCACCUUCCACAUCGACAAGCUGAAACAGGGUCGCUAAGCCCGAGAGGCCAACCUUUAACCCCUCCCCUACUCUACCAAGCACAUACUGUAGUGGACAUCCACUGAAGCAUUAAUUUCUUUGCAGUGGUCAUUUCUGAAUGUCUGUCUCCAUGUCUGUUACCAUUUUGUUUUAUUGUUCUCAUUUGUUUUGGUGCCCAUUAUGUGUAGCACACUUAUCCCUGUUCUCAUGAUCAGGUCUGUUAACUAAUGCACAUUUCUCUCCACAAUGCUGUUCCUGUCGUUGCCAUGUCUUGAGCUAUGCAGAAUCAGAGCUGCAUGCAUAAGUCGGCAGGCCAUUUUCAGGCCUCGGUUUUUAAAUACAAUCUUAUUUUUAUCUUCUGUAGCCGCAAUCAAAAAGGGCUUGAACUUUUUCCUUUAGUAUUCUUCUACCAGAAAUCACACAAACACUAGAUCUGCCCCACUGACUUUUGGGACAGGUUCUAAUUCAUAUCUCGCUGAGGUACUUUCAUAUCUAAUACUGUACUUUAUACAUAUCUACACAGUUAACUGCAAUUAAUGCCAUGAUAAACUGCAUUUCUUUUGUAUGGUCUUGCUUAUGAUGUGUCCAGUUAAUUUGUACUUUUUUACAGUUUUUGUACUAUAUUGUUAGAAUUCAUACAUUGUGAUAAGAUUGAAAUAAAAAUAUGAAGUCGUUUGACAGAUUUUAAAACUGCGUUCUUGCAUCUUGAUUGGUGUUUUGUUCCAGAAUGUCAUUUGUUGACCUGUAGGAAGAUUUGAUUACGAGCACUUUAAAGUCAUAAUUUUAAAGAUGCUAAGGAGUGUCACCCAUUCAUGGAGAGCAUUAGUCAACACAAGGGGGCAGCAAAGCCUUAGCAGUUUCUCAGGAUUUCUUUGUCUAUCUCAAUACAUUAAAGCCCUUACACAUUUUCUGUAUUGAAGAUCUUAGCUUAGCAUGUUGCCUUGUCAUGUUUGCUAAGCCAUGAAAAAGACACUUUCCAAUAGACUUCUUUCUGGCUGGCAGAAAUCAGGGAUGAAUUAAAAUAUUCUGACAGCUCAGGUACAUGAAAUUGUUUUCAGUGUUUAAUAACUAAGCAAUACAGGUAACCUAAUUCUGAACCUGCAUACAGUAGUCCAUACACAAAUAUUUACAUGGUAACUAUCUUGGUAGACAACGUUUGAGUUUCCACUGCAGUGAUGGUGUUGCCUGUGUAGUAACCCAUAGCACCAUAGCCUGGAAAACUUGACCAAAUACGCUCUUGUGUAAAUCAUCUGCUAAACAUCAUUAGGAAAUACUUAAAAAAAACUUUUUUUCCCUUUAUUUAUUUAUUAGACUUUAAGUAUUGUAAUUUGUGUUUUUAUACUUGACAAUUUUCUUUCUAUUAUCGUAUGUGGGUAUAUUAUACACAGCAGUGUUUCAAAUUGUUAUAGCAUAUAUUUUUUUCAGGAAAUUAGCUCAGUAAUGUCUUUUUUUUUUUCAGUGUAAUUAUGCUGGUAUAUUUAACUUUGUCCUGUGACUUUUUAACUUUUUUAGUUAACUUUUUUAUGCUGUUUUGAUUCAGUGUUUUUUCUUCUUUGCUUUUCUUAACUGUCUGUAAGUAAAUACACCCAAAGAACACCUUGUAAUAAAUGUUGGUUAAAGUUUGUAAUUUA